AUGAAUGCAACAUCAGAUUCUACAGAUUACUCUGUGAUUAUCCCAAUUUCAAUUAUUUUGGCAUUAAUCGGCAUCUUUCUUGCAUGUCUAAUCAUCUUGGUGGUUGCAUUUACGAAACGUUUAUAUACUACCACUUAUUUGUUGAUUUGUAAUACAUGCCUCUCGUCGACAUUUUAUUGUGCAGUACAAUGUAGUAACUAUGUUUUUCUCGAUUUUAUCGUUUGGGAUAGCAGUGACAUAUCAUGCCGAUGGCGUGGCUAUUUUGCCUACAUGUCCAUUGUUGCUGUUGUUUAUUCAUAUUUGAUUCAAGCAAUAUCACGUUAUUUCUUCGUUGUACUCUCUAUGAAAUAUCGAUGGGUAACAUCAUUACAAGCACAUCUUACUCUUAUUGCUGUUCAAUGGAUCAUUGCUAUACUCUUGCCAUUACCUGCCAUUGUCACUAAAGACAUUUAUUUUGCUUCGAAUGCACUUUGUUGGGUCCGAAAAAAAUUUAUCAUCCAUGUUGCUUACACAUUUCUAGCCUAUUACUUCCUGCCAACAGUAUGCAUUAUUAUUCUUUAUAUCUACCUUUUUCGUCGAGCAAAACAUAGUAUCAAUGUUUCUGUUGCACCAGUAACAGAACCAUCCAAACGACAAAAUCGUGAUGUUGAUCUUCUUCGUAAUCUUAUGAUCUUGUUUAGUAUCUAUAUAUUUGGUGGAUUUCCAACGCUUUUGUAUUUGAUCAUUGGUAACAAUGUUUUGUAUUGUAUAGGACUCAUAUUUGUUGCGUUAGCCGUUGCUAUUGAAAAGGCAGCGACCAUAUUUCUUGAUCGGCAAUUACGAACAACAAUCAAGUAUACUUUUCGCUAUUCAAAAGCACGUAUCACACCAAUGAAAUUCAAUGUUGCUAUCAGGACAGUUGUAGAAGGAACUAGAAAACCGAUGGCCCAAUUUGCCAAAUAA